AUGGUGAAACUGUGCAAAGUAUGUUUACGAAAGCGGGACGCAUAUUAUAGUACAUUUGCUGCUGCCAUCAACAAUUCUUAUCGAUUGCGACAUGCGCUGAUCGACCCGACCUUUGAUGUAGCUUCUCGAAGGAGUCGGCGUAAGGGCCGAGCUGGCCAGAAAUCUUUGGGUGCCACAGCUCAAGCUGCGACAAAUACUCAGCAAAAUCCAAGCAAACCGAAGAAGAAUUACAUCAUUUGCAAGAUUGUUUUACCCGAUGCAUCCGAUUUAACGAUCGAAUUGCCAAAAAAAGCUCUGGGGUCGGAACUUCUUGAUCAAGUGUAUUAUUCCCUGGACCUCAUCGAGAAGGAUUAUUUUGGCUUGCAGUUCACUGAUGCAAUGAAUGUUCAACAUUGGUUGGACCCAACGAAGCCCGUCAAGAAACAAGUGAAAAUUGGGCCGCCGUUCACGCUGAGACUGAAAGUGAAGUUUUAUUCAUCAGAACCGAACUUGCUGCGGGAAGAAUUGACUCGGUACCAGUUCUUCUUGCAAAUCAAAUACGAUAUUCUCUCCGGGAAGAUGGACGUACCAUACGAAACCAUGAUCGAAUUGGCAGCUUACGAUUUGCAGUCUGAACUAGGAGAUCACGAAGAGGGGAUUCAUACACCAGCCUUCGUGUCUGAAUUUCAUUUCGUCCCGAACCAGACUGAACAAAUGGAAAUUGACAUUUUGGAAGCUUUCAAGAAGUGCAAGGGUCAGACGCCAGCGCAGGCUGAAGCGAACUAUCUGAACAAGGUGAAAUGGAUCGAAUCGUACGGGGUUGAUAUGCACACAGUUCUGGGAAAAGACGGCUGUGAGUAUUCGCUCGGUCUGACUCCAACAGGAAUCCUAGUUUACGAAGGAGAACAAAAAAUCGGGCUGUUUUUCUGGCCGAAAAUCACUCGAUUGGAUUUUAAACGCCGAAAGCUGUCUCUUGUUGUAGUCGAAGAUGACGAUGAAGGCGGUGAACGUGAACACACAUUCGUUUUCAGGUUGCAUAACCACAAAGCUUGCAAACAUUUGUGGAAAUGUGCCGUGGAACACCACGCCUUUUUCCGGCUUAAAGGACCUGUGAAAGGUCCCAAUGCUAGGCAAAAUUUCUUCAGAAUGGGAUCACGGUUCCGCUACAGCGGGAAGACGGAGUUCCAAACGACGCAAUUGCAACGAACUAGACGAACGGUCCACUUUGAAAGACGACCGAGUCAACGUUUUGCUCGACGCCAGAGCCACGUUUUGCGUGAACGCCGCGUUCCAACAUCCGCAGCCGAUCAAAUGAAGACCUCAGAUACUCCCCAGACCGCGGAUUUGAUGGACACAUCGAUUGACGAUUCGCAGUCCGCGAUCGUUGCUGACGGCUCUGCCGAAGAACGUCUGGACCAUCUCAUAAAAUCCCUCCAGAUCAAGGAGAAAAGCGACGGAACGGCUGAUAAUUCGGCCAUCCCGGAAAUACCUGGCUCACCGAAGAAGAACGAGAAAGAUCAGAAAGAAGUUUCUACGAAAACAAGCGGUUCAAAAGCCGUCAGCAACAAGGUUUUAGCUAAGGAUAUACCGGCGUUGACUGUUGUUUUGCCCAAUAAUCAACGGACUGAUGGAGCGAAGCCACGACCUUUGCCUACAGAUCAGAUCAAAUGCAACAUUCUGAAAGCCAAGAUCGAGGAUGAACUGAGGAGCAAAAGUCCGGUGGGCGCUGAAGCUACCAGUACGACGAAAUAUGUUGUGAAUGGAACCAAUUCAUCCCACGAUAGUCUUCCGAGGAUGAAAUGUGAUAGCUACGUUGGAAAUGCUGGCCCGCGAGGUGUUCCUGUCUCGUCGAAGGUCAAAGUGACCAGUGAUAAUGUUGCUACAGGCAAUGCAGCAUCUGGAAUGGAUUCGACAGCCACGUUUGUUUCUGUGGGUGGAGAUAAGUUGACGUUGCACUUGCCUGGCGCGAGCGAUGCGAACUCUUCAAGUCUCAAGAGGGCCCCGCUAAUAGCCGAUGCUGCAGCCUCCCUGGAAGACUUGGAAUCUGGUGACGAUAUUGUCAGAGCACCAGCAAAGUCUAAGAUAAAGAAACAGAAACGAGCCCGCUCGAGGCAGGCUGCUAAGGCGGAUGAAGAAGAUCUGAAUCAGAUGAAGGAUGACCGCGUCGAAGGCGACACUGCAUCCGCCAAUUCAAACAGUGGCUACAACCCUUUUGUUCCGCACGAUAAGAAUCCAUUCAGGCAACCGGCCUCAGCUUCUGCUUUGUCGAUUGAGACGAACGUGGACGCUCUGCUCCAGAGCUUGAUUUCAAAUCCGUUUUCGAGUGGGGCAACAUCUCCGAAGAAGACGAAACCGGUCCCCCCACCUAGAUCUUCCUCGCCAGGUUGUUCUUUGCAUCACCGCGGUGGCGGAAUGCAUUCCCCAUCUGCCACGACGACACUGUCUCUGCCGAAAGUGUCACCCGGACGGCAAAACGAUUCCAAGGACACUUCCUAUUGUUCCGCGAGCUCUGUGAGUUCGAGCAGUCCGGGAUCUUCGGCCCACAGUUCCGCAAGUUCUGGACGCGCCGGUAGCGAAGGUCAUCACGCUUCUGUUUCGACCAACUCGACGUCGGUAGUGGAUGGCACGACUGCGACUAUGACCACAGCGUCGUCCUCGAGCGUAUCUCCAUGGCACGUUUCCGAUGCUCCUACAAUCCGCCGUACGAUCAUCACAGAACUAUGAGACUCUUCGUUUGAAGCAGAACAUCCCUUAUAACCGGACCCGCGGGAACAAGUGAGUGGGUCUGAGGAUAAAGGCCAUCGAUGUGAAAAAAUGAUGUGCUUGAGGCUAGAACAAUUCGCGGAAGACGUGAUUGCUGCAGUGAUUCUUAGAAUAUUUCAAAGGUUGAAUUUCCCUGCUCUUGAACGUUUAACGAGAAGCGAGCAUCACAUUCACUCAACAGUGAAGAUAGAAACUUUAAUUUAUUAAAAUAUUUAAAGUGGUUCACUUACCCAGUAAGGAUUUGGAUCAUGGCGCCUACGCACUUUCGAUUGUGACUUGCCUGUGAUCUUGUCUGUUCAUGUGUCUGGGCUAAGUUUCUGGCGGAUUUCCGGCAAAGCAUGUUUUUGUCGUGUGAUAGCAUUUGAAGGGAAGAAUGAUUCGAGCUGAGAAACGUAUCGAUCAUUCAGGGUUACGGUUGUAUCUCUCGGAAGAUUGUUAUAUUUUCGUCAUUUUUUCGCCUGUAACUUUCCCAAACUGCUUUUAGCGAUUUGUUCCUUAUCGUAGUUCGCGUGUGGUUUCCUUUUUGUUAACGGUGAUGCAUUCCUCCUACUGAGAAGUCGGAAAAAUCUGAAAGCGCUGUAUUUUCUGACCCUCGCGUGCGUUUGAGUAGUGAAAAAGCUGAGUGUGAAUUUGUUUGUUCUUGGUUCGUCCAACGUAACGAGUUUCGCGAGAGUUCUCCAGCUGUUUUGCGCAACUGCAGGCAUUCCUUGGCAACUGUGGCCGUCCGAGACGUGAGUCCAUUUUAUCGGAGCAUUCCUUGCGUUUUCGCCGCCGCACGAAUCAUUUCCGUCCAUAGUCGGUUGUUCGCCUCUCUGCGAGCCUCCAGCCAUUUUUCGAGGAGCUGCUAUUCGAGUGCGAAUUUCCGGCGUUGGAUUCCCCUCUUGCCUAUUUUUCUAUAUUGGAGUGGGUCGAAUGCCCUGAAGUAUAUUUAUAUGCGCAUAUUUAAUUCAAUGUUUUCGCGCAGCUGAGAGACGAGCAUUAUUUAUUGAUCGCUCUUGCCAUCACGGAAUCUGCUUCGCGUGAUUUCCUUGAGGAAUCUUUUAAUGGCUGUCAGAAAUUCUUUCCUCGGGAGCUCAGUAUUAUGAACGUUAGUUUGGGGGAAAAUACGGUGCUUAUGAGCACUCUUCUUGCGAAAAAAAUAGCAUCUAGAGAUCGUUUGGGGAAAGAGCGAAAGGGAUCAAUCCGUUUAUUUUUAGAGCUUAAAUCUUGCGAAGCAUCGAUUCAAUCGAGUGCAAGUUGCAUGGAUAUUUUUCGAGUCUCUCGUCUUUUCGUCCGCAGAGUUUGUACCUAUUGUCCAGAAUAAAUGAGGGUGGAGUAGGGGUUUAAAGCUGAAGUGUUUGACGAGAUUAUGUACUUAGGGUGCUUCCGGGAAAAUUUCCUGCGGAUUUCAUUUUCCGAAGGCUGUCGCGUAGAGCAGCGUUGAUCCACCUAUUUUUUUCUUGAGAUGGAAACUGCGGGAUGAGAAGAAAUUCGCGAGCUGGACCUUUUUAUGUAGGUGUAGCCCGCUGACGCGGACGAAAGAUUUUAAUGAUGUUGAUAACGUGUAAUUUUUUUUUUGCUUGUUACAUGUUGAUUCCGGUAACAGUUUUACUAACCCGAGACUCCGAUGCCUCUCCCCCGCGAAGAACCGCCGGUCUGUGAUGUAAAUUAAUUGCCGAUAAAAGCCUGGUUAUAGCAUCAGUCUCGGACGGAAAUUGUUGAUAUUGUUUUUAUGCUGAAUAGUCACGUUGGACGGCGGGAGGUAUCGAGAGGCUGGCGGUGUAUGAAAACAUGGGACAAUUUGAACAGUGCAGGAUUUUUUUUCCUUUUUUUCGUGCUUUACGACUGCAUCCGCCUUCGACGUGCCAUUCGGGAUGUUAUUUUUUUUAGCUGUUGUACGAGUUCGUUUUAUUCGUCGACUUCGUGUCAUCGAACCCUCUUGAUGGUGCGUUGUACUCGGAAGUGUCCCGCGUUGUAACCAUUGCAUCGUUUGUGGAUUGUUCUUUGUGUGAAACUUCUCGGCUACAAAAUACAUCUCCGAAUUUUUUUCGUUCACGCCUCCGGCCUUCCA